AUGCCUGUAACUAAUCGAGGCGGCGUGGUGCAACUUACACCCGUCACCACCUCGACGACAGCAACUCGCGACUACUUCAAGUCUCUUCCACCCGCGCUGGCGUCGGUCCAGACAGGCCUGGCCAUCUUUGCGCUUUUCAUCAUCGCCCGAUUCUGCGUAGCUCGCCUGCACCUAUGGUUGCGACAGUUUCGCGGCGCUGACAGGCCGAUUCCCACCAGGACCAGCAUCCUGCCCCAACAUCAUUAUCAACCACAGAUCCCGCAACCUGUCUGGGCCAUGGACGAGAAGGAUCGCAUGCCCCCCAUGACCACGGAGGGUGACGCCAACCUUGAGGGCUUUAGGGACGAGAAGGCGGCGGCCAAGAAGCUUGUCAUCGACCCGAAUUGGACCAACUCAGCCUUCGGUGGUGGCGAUUCAAUGCCCAGGCCACUCAUGGCGCGUCCUCCUCCUGCACCGCCUCUGACGCCGCCCGAGCUGAGCACCGCCGUCUUCACUUUUGAGGAUCGGCCGCGACCUGGUGACGACAGCUUCAUGCGCCAACCCAACCCUGACUACAUGUCGUCGACUACUAGUUCUGUUUUGCCCUCGAGCGCCUCAUCCCCCGCCAUCCCCCGCCGCCGCUCUUACAACAAGACGUUGCCCAUCGGUGUCCCCGUCCCUCAGACCUCGCCCGGCGCAUCGGAUCCUGCCGAUCUUACUUUUUCACCUAGCUCCUACCCACCCACAAGCCCGUUGCUGCCUCCAGCCCCACCGACGGCGGGGCCCAAGGAGAUCGACGUCAAAGGAGAAAUCAUUGGGGUUCUCAACGGCGGAGGUGCUGGGUGGACGAGACACACUCGCGUCUACGGUGGCGGCGUGUGUCUGGCGUGUGAGGCCUCUGGCGGCAACCAUGGUGGCGGUUUCUACGGCGCAACGGUACGGCCCGAGGAGAUGCGAUGA